AUGGCUGGCAGGGAGGAACUUGGGGAGACCAUCAGGAAUCGGCAUCCCCGAAGGGAAAGGUCUGUGAAUUCAUGGUAUACGGCUUAUUCGCUGGGCUCAGCCCCUCCACUCUUGGAGAUUAUACGAGGGGGCCUAUUGCUAGGCCAGGAUUCAGUGCCAGACCCCGUACCUUCUGGGGCCCAGUCCUGGGAUUGGGUGCACCAUUGGCAAAACUCCCUAACAUUUCAUACAAUUCUGAAUCUGAUAUCCCAGGAGAGAAAAUACAAACUGGAUUCCAGCUUCCUGAAUAGAAGCAAGAUUACUGGUUGGAGGGAAGUCUUGAAGCAACUGACAGUUCUUCAGCCAAUGGGAGUGCACAGAGGGAGUGUCCAAAGCAAAGCCAAGCAGAAUUUCCAAAGAAUGGACCAAAUCUCCUGGACCCUGUCUUCUACACAAUCACCCUGGGAACUAGAGUGGGCAGUGUCUACACCCUGGGCAGAAAAUACUCCUGCCCCCAGGAUCGCUCUCUUUGUACCCUCCCUCUCUGUGCUUAUUGCCUCCUGUGGGUUAAUAGGGAAUGGCAUUAUCCUCUGGCUCCUAAGUUUCCGAAUUAAGAGGGGUCCCAUUGCCAUCUACACCCUCAACCUGACCACUAUUGACUUCUUCUUCCUUCUCUGCCAUAUUACGAAUAUUAUGGGAAAAUUGCUUUUUUCUCUUGAUUCAGAUACAAUAUAUUUGGAACUCAUAGAAUUUUGUGAUUCUGUAGCAGAGAGCCUCCUAGUGGCCAUGAAUAUUGAACACUGUAUCUUGGUCCUCUGCCCCAUUCAAUACCAACAUCACUGCCUCAAGCGUAUCUCUUCUUCGGUAUGCAUCCUCAUAUGGUUUCUGACUGCCCUCCUGUAUGUAAGCAGAUACUUCAUUUGUGAACAUUCACACUCUUCCAAUGACUGUGAAGAAGUCCAGAGAAUUAGUAAUGUGUGGAGGUUCCUAGUCUUCCUGCUGCAGAUGGUCAGCCUGACUGUUUUUUUCUAUGCCUGUUGCAGCAGGUGCCAAUGCUCCAGGACCCCUGGCUCUCACGUCCUCUUCCUCCGACUCCUCCUGCAUCUCCUUACCUAUGGUUUGUCCUUGACUACUUACUUCUUCAGUAACGAAUUCUAUGAUAUGAUUUUCCAAAAUGAAAAUGACCUUGAUGUCUUCAUAUCAUGUCUAGAUAUCAGUGUUAUUCCUUUCAUUUAUUUCUUUGUGGGCUGCUGUAAUCAGAGGAGAGGGGGGGAGCCCCUCAGGGUGCUUCUACAGAGGACUCUAGUGCAUGAAAAAGAACUGGAAGAUGGAACAGAAAUAUUGUAUGAGCCUCAUGAGGAUAUCAUCCUGCAUUUGUGUACACAGUGCUCAUUUGAGGAACCAAGAGGAGAGGCUACUCCAUGAAUCUUCCAAGAAUUUCCUUCCUUCAUCCCAUCCAAGACUAUCCACAGGAGAUAA